UCAAUCCCCGAGUCCACUCAACUCUCCCUCCAUUCUCCUCCUUCCUUCUUCUCCUCUCUUCUCUCUCUCUCUUCUCUCUCUAAAAAGUUGCCAUUUUUUUGCCUUUUUAAUUUUUCGGAAGGGGGGAAAAAGACAAAGCGCGAGCAAAAAUGUCGGGGGAAGCGAGAGACCCGGCGAUCAAGCUCUUCGGGAAGACGAUCUCCCUGCCCGAUAUUCCUCCUGGGGAUGCGGCGGCGGCCGCCGUCGACACUGGCCAGGUUCCGUCCGCGGAUCCUCCCUCGCCCGCCCGCGAGGAUAUAGGCAUGGCCGGCGUCGACGGAGGAGAGGAAGAGGAAGGGGAGGAAGAUGAAUACGAAGAAGACGACGACGAGGAAGGCCGCGAUGAUAAGGAAACACAGGAUGAAAAACCAGCUAAAGCCAAGCUGGAAAAUGGAGCCCAAUUCAUGAAUCUCGAGGAGGGCACAAACCAGGACGCAAUAUCGGUGACAAAUGAGAACCCUAGGACGCCUUCAGUCGACAAGGAGAGCACUACUCCAAGGACGUCGAAAUCAGAAGAGGAGCAGAGCGACACGAGCAACUCGCAAGAGAAGGUGCUCAAGAAACCUGACAAGAUACUUCCUUGCCCUCGAUGUAAUAGCAUGGACACCAAAUUCUGUUACUACAACAACUAUAAUGUGAACCAGCCCCGACACUUCUGCAAGAACUGCCAGAGAUACUGGACAGCUGGUGGAACCAUGAGGAAUGUUCCUGUGGGUGCUGGCCGCCGCAAGAACAAGAACUCGGCAUCUCAUUACCGUCAUCUAGCUGUUCCUGAAGCCCUGCAAAGCGUACGGACGGACUUCCCUAAUGGGGUCCAUCACCCGCCAUUGAAACCUAAUGGCACUGUCCUCACCUUCGGAUCAGACGCACCACUAUGCGAAUCCAUGGCUUCGGUUUUGCAUUUGGCUGAUAAGGCAAUGCAUAACAGCAGGAAAAAUGGAUUCCAUAAACCUGAAGGAGUGAUAAUGCCAAGCCCUUGUGGAAGUGUGAGAAGUGGGGUUGAGACUAUGAAUGGAUCUUCUGCCACCGCAGCGAAUUCCAACCUUGUAGAGAGUAAAAAUGGAACCAAAGAAAUUGUGAUGCCGAAUUGUCAGGGUUUUCCUCCUCAGCUACCGUGCUUUCCGGGGGCUCCUUGGCCUUAUGCAUGGAAUUCUGCUCCAUGGAGCCCGCCAAUAUCCCCUGGCCCGCAAACUUUCUGUCCACCUGGUUUUGCUGUGCCGUUUUACCCAGGGCCAGCUUAUUGGAGUUGCAGUGUGCCAGGUGCGUGGAACAUUCCUUGGGUUGCCCAGCCAACUUCUCCGAACCACAGCGCCACGAGCUCCGCACCUAAUUCUCCGACCUUGGGGAAACACUCGAGGGAUGAGAAAAUCGGGAAACCAAACGACUCCACUGAAGAGGAGCCAAAGGAGGCUAAUCCUGAGAGAUCCUUGUGGAUUCCAAAGACAUUAAGGAUUGAUGAUCCAGGAGAAGCUGCAAAGAGCUCGAUCUGGGCGACACUUGGGAUUAAAAACGAAGCUUCUAAUUCAGCUGGCAGGGGAGUACUCUUAAAGGCCUUCCAGUCUAAGAGCGAGGAAAAGAACCACGUGGUCGAAGCUUCUUCUGUGUUACAAGCAAAUCCAGCCGCAUUGUCUCGAUCACGCAACUUCCAAGAGAGCUCGUAAUCGGGUAAUUCGGAGGCUUUGUCAUCAACUGGCGUUGUGAACAUCUGUUCUGCUCGACCGGUGAAUCAAAAAACCAGCUGUGCGAUCCUUAAGAUCUUAUCGAUUCACCGUCCGCAUCUCUGAGGAUCUAACCUGAAGCCAUUCGGAGAAAGAAAAAGGAAGGGGAUUCUUUCCCGUCCCUCUUUCUCAAUGUGAAAGAGACUUCUCAGCAUAAGUUACAAACUGAUGAUCCUCCCCCCCUUCUUUUGUUAGUCGAUAGUAUAAGCGGGCGGGCCUCUUUUUUAUUUGUCAGCAUAGUGAUUUGGUGAGUUCAUGUACGUACUAGAUGUGAAAUAAUGAGAGCUAUAAAAUAAGUGAGAAUUGUAUUGUACUAAGUUUUAUUGUAAUGUACAUCAAAGUUUUAGUUUAAAGAUGCUGUCUUUUGCAGUC